AGAGAGGGUUUUGGAGGGCGGGGGGCAGAGGAGUAGGUAAGGUUGGGUGCAUUGGGGCUGCUGGGAUAUAAAUAUGAGCUGGGGUGUGUCCAGGUGUCUUCUGAUCAUUCACCAGACACCAUGAGACUCCUGGCUCUGCUGCUGAUGGUUGGAGCUGCUGCGGCAGUGGCAGUUCCCCGUGAGGAUGGACGGAUCAUUGGCGGGCAGGAGUGCGAGCCUCACUCGCGUCCAUACAUGGCUUCCCUCAACUAUGGCUACCACUUCUGUGGUGGGGUGCUCAUCAACAAACAGUGGGUGCUGUCUGUUGCCCACUGCUGGUACAAUCCCUAUGCCAUGCAGAUCAUGCUGGGAGAACACAAUGUGCGAGUGUUUGAGGGCACUGAGCAGCUCAUGAAGACCGACACCAUCAUCUGGCAUCCAGAUUAUGACUACCAGACUCUGGAUUAUGACAUCAUGCUGAUCAAGCUCUUCCACCCUGUGGAGGUGACCGAGGCAGUUGCACCCAUCCCAUUGGCCAAAGGCUGCCCAAUGGGGGGGCUCUCCUGCUCGGUGUCUGGCUGGGGAAACAGUGCCAUGGGUGGCGAGGUGAACCUGCCCAUCCAUCUGCAGUGUUUGGACGUGCCAAUACUUGAUGACAAGCAAUGUGAGAAUGCCUAUCCUGGCAUGAUUUCGCCAAGGAUGAUGUGUGCCGGACACAUGGAGGGAGGCAAAAGUCCUUGCAAUGGGGACUCCGGCAGCCCUCUGGUGUGUGCUGGAGAACUCCAGGGCCUGGUGUCAUGGGGUCAGGGAUGUGCCCUACCGAACUACCCUGUCGUCUUCGUCAAGUUGUGCGAGUACCAGCGUUGGAUUCAAGACGUUCUGGCAGCCAACGCCUGAAGAAAGUUUUCCCUCCUCACUUCAUUCAACUUGCAUUCCUCCUUCCCUCGCCCACUAAAUCACCACUAAUUCCUAUUUUCAGCUCCCACUUUUAUUUUUCCUUCUUUCUCUGGUGCCUUGUCUCCUUUGACGUUUUCCUCCUGACACAUCCUGACUCCACACACAUGUGGCAGAACAUAAAAAUACCAAAAUAAAACCACUUGGUAUGAUGA